CCCUUCCCCCCCUCCCGCCAGGUCGUAGCUGUUGGAGACUGGAAGGGUGGAGGCUGGGGGCUGCAGCGGGCAGGAGACGCCGUCAUGCCCCGGUAUUACGAAGACAAGCCCGAGGGUGGCCCCUGCUCGGGCGUGAAGGAGGACCUGGGCGUAUGUCUGCUGCAGUCGGACUGUGUGCUCCAGGAAGGAAAAUCCCCUCGGCAGUGUUUGAAGGAAGGACACUGCAGAGCUUUGCAAAAUUCAUUCUUUGAAUGUAAAAGAUCGAUGUUGGAUACCAGAGCAAGAUUCAGAGGAAGAAAAGGUUAUUGAUAACAUUAUUGAAACCAAGGUGAAGACAACAAAGGAUUUUUUCUGGUCAUUAAAACAGAGGAGCCAAAUAGGAAACAUCAUUUUUGCUACAUCUUUUUGGAUUAUUUUUUUCCCUCCAUGGAACACUAGAGAAAAAUGGAUGAGUUCUGUUUCUGAAUAGAUAUAAAGUAAAUGAUUCUUUUGAUGUAAGUUACUUUUAGAGCAGAAAUUUAAUGGAACAGUUAUGGGCUGAGAGCAAAAUAAAUGUGUUUUGAAAAUUA